UACCCAUCACAUAUUAUGUUUAUGUGUGGGUUCUGUAUUUAUAGGUUGUUAAGAAACAUAACCUUGUAUUUUUGUCUUCCUUUUCACUUGAAGGAUCCAGAAGGGUCAGAGGUUGCCAUGCUAGAGAAAACAAAUUACACUGGAAUUAUCACUUUUCCUGACUUCAGAAUUUCUUCUAAUCCUAAAUACGGUUUAUGGACAAUUAAAGCUAAAUACAAAGAGGACUUUACAACAACAGGGACUACAUAUUUUGAGAUUAAAAAUUAUGGUUUAUUUUUGGAGAAACCUUACUUUUUUAUCUUAGUAGAACCAGAAAGUAAUUUCAUUAGCCAUAAAAACUUUGAGGACCUCAAGAUAACUAUAAAAGCUAGAUAUUCUUAUAAGAAUGUAACUAAGGCUGAAGUUUCUGUCAUUUUUGGAAUAAAAACAGAUUUUGAUGAUAGUAGAAAAGAAAUAAUGCAUGGAGCAACACAAACGGUGCAGCUGAUCGAUGGAGUUACACAAAUAAAUUUUAAUACUUCAAAGGCAAUUAAAAACCUUUCAUAUAAAAGUCUAGAAGAUUUAAAUAACAAGUACCUAAAUAUUUUUGUGACAGUACAAGAGAGCACAGGUGAAUUCUUCAGUGUAACCAAUGUGACUGAUGUCAAAUAUGUCCUCUCUCCCUAUACACUGCAUUUGAUUGCUACUCCUGUUUUCCUGAAGCCUGGAAUUCCAUAUUCCAUCAAGGUGCAGGUGAAGGAUCCAGUUGGCCAUUUUGUAGGUGGGAUUGCAGUAACCUUGAAAGCAAAAACAAUUGAUAAUACUCAGAAGAAGACAGAUCUGGAACUAAGGAAAAGUACAACAAAUUAUCAUGAUGGAAUUGUUUCAUUUGUGAUUGACAUUCCCACUGGUGUGACAGCAUUGGAGUUUCAUGUUAGAACUGAUGACCCAGACCUUCCUGAAGAAUAUCAGGCUAGCAGUGACUAUCAAGCAGUGGCCUAUUCAUCACACAGUCAAAGUUUCCUGUCCCUUAGCUGGACAGAUGGUUAUAGGAGUUUGGUUGUGGGAGAACAUCUGAACAUAAUUGUUACCCCUAAAAGUCCAUAUGUUGACAAAAUUACACACUACAGUUACUUGAUUUCAUCUAAGGGCAAAAUUGUAUACUUUGGCACAGAGAAGAGGCUCCCAGGUUCAUCUUACCAAUAUUUAAACCUUUCCGUGACUCAACACAUGGCUCCUAUAGCCCAUCUCCUGGUCUAUUACAUUGUCAAAGAAGGGAAGGCAGCAGAAAUAGUGUCUGACUCAAUCUGUCUCAAUAUUGAAGAAAAGUGUGGCAACCAGCUCCAGAUCCAUCUGUCUCCAAAUAAAGAUAUAUACUCUCCAGGUGAAGCUAUCUCUCUGGUGGUGGAAACUCAUUCAGAAUCACAGGUAGCUUUAUCAGCAGUGGACAGUGGCAUCCAAGGAAGAAGUGAAAAUCCCAUGGAAAGAGUACUUCAAGCUUUAGAUAAAAGUGACCAGGACUGUGGAGCAAGUGGUGGCAGGAACAAUGCUGAAGUGUUCUACUUGGCAGGUCUCACUGUCCUCACCAAUGCAAUUGCAGAUGACUCCCAACACAAUGAUGGAUCAUUUAAGAAACUUCUCAGAUCAAGAAGACAAUUGAAAGAGAAAAUAGAAGAGCUAGCAUCCAAAUUCAAACAUCCGGUGAUCCGAAAGUGCUGUCAUCAUGGAGCCUAUCCAAGUGAGGACAGCUGUGAGCAGAGGACUUCACGGAUUACCAUUGGUGCCAAGUGUGCCAAAGCAUUCCUUCAGUGCUGUACCCUGGCAAAAGAGCUACGAGAUGAGUCUUCUCACGUAUAUUCAAUUGUGGGAAGACUAGAAACAUACAUGAUAAGUGUUGCCAGCAACAAUUUUAGAGAAAAUUGGUUAUGGGAAGUAUAUCAUGUUCCUAACAGGUAUCAGCUAGAAUUGGUGCUACCUGAUUUUCUAACUACUUGGAAAAUUCAAGGUAUUGGGAUUUCAGAUAAAGGUCUGUGUGUUGUUGACAAACUGCAGUUGCAGGUAUGUAAAAACCACUUCCUGGUCAUAAACCACAAUGCAACAAGUGUCAAUUAAAAGGGACCAUUUCCAACAUCGAAACACUGGAAAUACAAUUUUCCUUGGAUACAGCUAAGACCCAAAGACUAAAGAAAUAUAAAUUGCAUGGAACUUCCAGGAAGGCUACUCAGAGAGAGCUGAUUAAAACAGGAAGAUGUCCCUUUUUUUUAACCUCUUUUUGCAGCGCUCACCUCAGAAACAAUGAUUGGUGCUCCAGCAGCCCUCUUGGAGUGUACUAGGCUAGAAGAACAAAAAGAUAAUGGCCCCUGCUUCUGAGGAAUCACUAUUCCAGCCUUUGACUUCUCACCACUAGAUUUCUUUUAUGUGAGAAAAAAAUAAAUGUUAAUCUUAUUUAAGCAUCA